UGCCCUCGGCGUUCGUGGAGCAUCGCUGUCUCCCCGCAGGAGUCGUCCCGCUUCCAUCCCGCCUUGUUUUCCGCGGAACUGGCUGUUCUGGGCGGUCGGAGGGGUCGGGUUUGGGUCUGGAUCGCCCCCUCCUUCAAGCCCGUGUCCCCGCCUCAAACCCAUAUCUCCCCCUUUCCGCCUUAUUAGCGCAUUCCUCUUGUUUCUGGAACAGCAUUCCAGCCUGGCGUGAGCAGCACAGCAAGCUCAGGCUGGGGCACAGAAUGAAACGAGGAAGGAAAACUAAUGAGGCCAGCAGCAGUUCAUCUGAAGAGACAGCUGAGAAGAGACACAAGGUUACAGAUGAGAAAGUCACAGCUGUGCAGAGUCCUGACUGGGCAAACCUGCUUCAAGACAUUAUCCUGCAGGUGUUUCAGUACUUGCCCCUUCUGGAUCGUGCUCAUGCAUCCCAGGUCUGCCGAAGCUGGAACCAAGUGUUUCAUAUGCCUGAUCUGUGGAGGUGUUUUGAGUUUGAACUGAAUCAACCAGCUACAUCUUACUUGAGGGCUACACAUCCUGAACUUAUCAAGCAAAUAAUAAAGAGGCAUUCCAAUCACCUGCAGUACGUAAGCUUCAAGGUGGACAGUAGCAAGGAAUCUGCAGAGGCAGCUUGUGAUAUUUUAUCACAGCUUGUGAACUGUUCUCUGAAAACUCUUGGGUUAAUUUCAACUGCCCGGCCAAGCUUCAUGGAUUUACCAAAGUCUCACUUUAUUUCUGCACUGACAGUGGUGUUUGUAAACUCCAAAUCCCUCUCCUCACUUAAGAUUGACGAUACACCAGUAGAUGAUCCAUCUCUCAAAGUGCUUGUGGCUAACAACAGUGACACACUCAAACUCUUGAAAAUGAGCAGUUGUCCUCAUGUUUCUCCAGCUGGCAUCCUUUGCGUAGCUGACCAGUGUCAUGGCCUGCGUGAGCUGGCGCUGAACUACCACCUGCUGAGUGAUGAGCUUCUGCUUGCUUUGUCUUCUGAAAAGCAUGUCAGGUUAGAACACUUGCGCAUCGACGUUGUCAGUGAAAAUCCUGGACAGACUCAGUUCCACACGAUCCAGAAGAGCAGCUGGGACGCUUUCAUCAAGCAUUCUCCAAAAGUAAAUUUAGUAAUGUACUUUUUCUUGUAUGAAGAAGAGUUUGACCCAUUCUUCCGUUAUGAAAUACCUGUCACUCACCUUUACUUUGGAAGAUCAGUAAGCAAAGACGUCCUUGGCCGUGUUGGGAUGACUUGUCCUCGGUUGGUUGAACUGGUGGUGUGCGCCAAUGGGUUACGGCCUCUGGAUGAGGAGCUGAUACGUAUUGCAGAACGUUGCAAGUUUCUGUCAGCUGUUGGCCUAGGAGAAUGUGAAGUCUCUUGCAGUGCCUUUGUUGAGUUUGUGAAGAUGUGUGGCGGUCGUCUCUCUCAGCUUUCUAUUAUGGAGGAAGUUUUGAUUCCGGAUCAGAAAUACAGUUUAGAGCAGAUUCAUUGGGAAGUUUCAAAGCAUCUCGGUAGAGUCUGGUUCCCGGACAUGAUGCCCACAUGGUGAAGUCCUUCAGAGACUUCAGGGCAAAGGGAAAGGCACCUUAAACCCAAGCUUACCAUAAUGCAAUUUACUGUAUAAGCUUAUGUAAUACUAUAGUUUUUACUGUAAGUUACUUCAUUGUUUAACUACAAAAUUCAUAAGUAACUUUUGAUUGAAAAAUUAAAAUCUGAUUCAAAAACAGAAAUAAUGGGUAGCUGCAAAAUCUGGUUUCAUCCAAACAAAAAUCUGGUUUGUGUUUAGAUUUGUUCUUUUUCAUUGACAGUGACCUCAAAUUCUUAUGGAAAUUAAAAAUGUAUUUAAAAUAUUGAAAUGUACCUGCAAAAUAUCAUUUUGAAGAUGAUGUCCUUCUUUUAGAUACUGGUAUUGAACACAAUCAAAUUUUGAUCUUAAAAAAACUAAACAAAAUGCCACUGAAACUGCAUGCUUCAGUUGCAGACUCAUUUCUAAAUGCAGUCACCCAAGAUGACAAGAUUAAGAUUAUAAGGGAGUAUUUAGUAGGCUGUGAAAUAUCCUUUCUCUUAUAUAAAGUCAUACAAGGCGAGAGCAAUACAUAAUAUAGUUUAGGUAAGUUUACUGUCUUAUUGAACAGAGUAUUAGCUCCAUCUAAAAUGUAUUUAGAAUGCAAACAAAUAGAGCGAGCUACCAGAAGCGGUGUGGGUUUCUUUUCCCCCUCUAUGCUUUUUAAUGUAGUUUGCUCACGGAGUCUCAGAUCUGCGUCUAAACCUGUUUUAAGGUAUUUUAUGUCUAGCUCAGGAAGCGAAAGCAUUCUGGGGAAAAUUGUAGAUACAUUGUAUUUAAAACCACAUUGGAGGUAAUGAGCUGUUCUUGCAGGUUAUACAGUUAUGCAGCAUUGAGUUGGAUGGAGUAAUGCAUAGUUUAUUAAAGAACUCCAUGAUAUGGUUGUGAACAGUGCAAGACAAGAAAGUUAAGAUUUGAAUGGCGACCAAGAACCUUUUAACAAUCUUAGACCUUUUGGCUGCUUACAAUUUGAGAGAAAUGACACUGUAACAGUUGCUUACGCUGUAUAAACUAAUUGUAAACUGUAAAUCUGUUCCAGAAAUGUUUAUGUAUAAAGUGAAUGUUUGAUAGAUGAUCAUUUUGUAUACAUUUAAUUCAGCUAGUUUAAUCAUUUCAUAAUUUAAAAACCUAAAAGCAGUAAACUUGCGUGAAGUAGAGCAAUAGGCAAAAGUUUGGUUUGAAUAUUUGGUAAAUCAGUUUUAUUAAAGAAUGUUUUUAGUCUGUAAAUGAUGUAGGCAAUGUAUUGCCUGUAAUCUGGAUGUGACUUGUGACUUCAUUUCUUACUGCCAACAGCUACAUCUUUUUUUUUUUUUUUUUUUUUUACAUGAUUGAUUGGCAAUUCUAAAGAAUUGGCCUGACUGCGGAAUGUGUUGGGAAGGUGGGAGCAGACACCAGCAAGGCAGAGCUCCUCUAGUUGUGAGCCCUGUUGAGCUUUGCUGGUGUCAGCCUCUCUCUUGAGGUGAGGGCUUGUUUUGGUAAUCAGUAGAUUUUUUUUUUUCAUUUCUGACUUCAAUAACGUUUACCUAAUGUAUAGUUCAAGUGUAAUACACUUACGAGCGUAUUUAAGUUCGUAACUAUAUUUUGAGCAAACAUUGCUCAGUGGACUGGACACCUUUAUAGGGGAGUUGUAUGUUUCUGUAGAGCUUUGGUUUAAAAAAAAAUCACAUUUUAAGAAAUACAUGGUUUUGUAUUAGAAUUUGUUUAUUUAAUGUAAUACUAUAAUUUGCUUUUAUUUGUAUAAAAGGUGUCAAUACAUUCAGUCCGUAAAAGUAAAAAAGCUCAGUGGGUUUGUUUUUUGUUUUGUUUUUUUUCUUUGUAUUCUGACUCUUGAGAUUGCCUGUGUGGUAGAGGUGGAGUAACUGGACUGAUCUGGGGAAGAGGACAUGUUUUCACCUAAUUAAUGUGCGAAGUAAUCUCAAAAGUAACACUACUUGUACCUCUUUGGACCUUGGCUGCCCGUGUCCUGAUGUUGGCAAAGUAGGUUGGUCUGUGGUGGUGGGCAGAACGGAAAAGCAAGACACAACCGAAAUACCCAAGUUCCCUUGCUUUUGGAAUUAGUGUCUUUGAAGCCCAGUGUUGCACUUCUCACAGAGCAACCUCACCCAGAUCCUGAACUGGGGACACGUUGGCAGCUGAGGGCUUCAUGCUUCAUUGCAGUGGAACUGCUUUUCCCAGCAGAGAGAUCACUGCUGGCCUCUUCUGAGAAAGUCUUUCUUGUUGUGUGGACUUCAGAAAGUCCUUCAUAGACAUGACAUAGUAUCCUGGCCAUUAUCAUAAUGUUCAAGGGUAAGAAAACCACUUGAAAGCAGUUGUCUCUCUCCCACGGAAGGUCUGCAGUUUUUAUACAGAACCACUUGCAACAUCCUUAGCUCAAUCCAGCCAGAAAAAAAACUUCCCAGGCAAAUUUAUAUUCUAAGUAUCUUCAGGAAAAGCUGCAAUGCUCCAUUUCAGCAAAUCUUGUGCAGUUCAUAUUUUGCCUUCUACAUGUUGGAAAAAAUGAAUAAUAACCAAUAAAGUAAUUCAUGACGUGAGCAGUAAUGAGUGCCACAGACUGUCAGGUUCACUAGAAACAACCUAGAAGUCUUAUAGCUGUAUAAAAUAAUUUUCUCUGGGUUUUCAUUUCUUCUUUUCAGAAGAAGGUAAUACAGUGCUGGGUUGUUUGUCCAGUUUGGGGUAGGAAUUGUGUGCAGUGGCAAACUGAUCUCUGAACAAAAAUGCUACAUAGGUUUGGGAUAGGGAAUUGCUGUUGAUGGUGAACAGCUUGGGUGAUUCUGACCAGCUGUGUUAGCUUAGAGAGAGAGGUUGUAUCCAAAGUGAAAUAAGAGCAGCUGUUUACAUUAACUUAGUAGAUUCCUGUGACUUACCUAAAGCUACAAAUCUGUAAAUUUAAGUGGGUUUUUUGAGGGAUUUUUAGUCAGAAGCUUAAACAGCUGUUAUGAAACUGAUCUAACUACAUAGGUAUAAAUUGGCUGCAUCUUUGGCUGGUCUGGUUGGUGGCAUGCAGAAUGGCAAAGGUCAGUGCUGCUGGGCCUGAAAACUGAAGCAUAGGUUUAAUGAAACUUGUGAAACCUUAAUGGGACUCAGAACUUCAGUGUCUGUAGUUCAGCCUACAAACUAAAUUUAGUUUCCUACAGUACAGGUCCUGUAGAAACACGUUCCUUUGAGAUACGUUUGGAGUUCAACAGUAUCUAAAGUAGGACAGUGGAACCACAGUUGACCUUAGAUGUUCUGCAUGUAAAUCCUUGUUAGAUUUUUCUUGUAGGAUCGCAUCUAUUGCUGGCCAUUGUAGUUCCUGUGCUUUGGAAAAGAGUGUAUGCUUUCUGCUCUGUCCUCCAUCUGUGCUUUUGUAAGAUGGUGUGGGAAAUAAGGUUGAAUGCAAGAAUAAAAGCUAACUACGGGAAUGGUGCUGAACGUGGGGAGAAAAGGGACAGGAUCCUUCGCUCCCCUUCCCUUCCACUCCCCUCCUCCUUGCUAUGGCUUGAGUACAAGGCCUUCAACAGACAGGAAUGCACCAAGGGCAUCUGAAGUGGGGAAUGAGACAUAGAAGUAGGCAUAGUGAUCUGUGACUGGCAAGGCCCCUACAAGGACAAGAGCCUAAUUAUUUUCUAAUGAGUUGCAGCUGCUGCUUUGACAACCUGGCCUACAGCUGACCUCUGCUCAUCAUUGUAAUAUAGUCAUACUAUUGAAACACACUUCCACACAUAAGGCUUACCCUCCUCUGAGGCAAACCAAUCCCAUGGCCACUCCUCCUGGGCUUGCACAGUUAAGUUUUGGCAUGCAAAGCAAGAAUUCUUUCUCCACCAAUCGGCAGCUACUAUAGUGACCACAUUCACUCAAGCUUACUAUAAAAAGUGUAGAAGAAAGUAAAAGUUUUGGUGGGCAGGUGCGAAGAAAAGAAAAAUGUCACCAAAGCUCUAGGUAUUCCCAUCCCCCUGCCCCCUCGGACUUCAAAUUUACCAACUUGUGACAUUCAUCAUGUUCCUUGCAAAAUGCUGAGGAACUAGGGGGUAGCUCUGGAGAAAGUGUCUGUUCCUUCACCUUGCAGCAUGAUGGAAAACUUGUAAUUUCCCAUUUUAGGACUAUCCUGCAUAAAGAUCAACUGUCAUGGUUCAUUUUAUUAUUAAGGAGAAAGACUCCGGUGAUUCCGUAGAUUUGGAGAUGAUUAUGCUGCUGCAGGUGUGCUUUGAUUGUGUACAGGCACCUCACUGCUCUCCAGAAAGCCAGUAUUCCUUCAGCUUUUGUAAGUUGGAAUUAAAGGGAACUAGUUGCCAAGCUGCUUUAGGCGUAGCCAGGAAUGUGACUGAAGGACAACACAGCUGGCACAGCACCAUUACUGCAUCACUGCCAGUAAAAGACUGCAAUCGCUUUUCACAGGCAAAUCUGGGACACUGACACACCACGAGCUGUCAUGCUUCUUUCAUAUUAAGGAUUCUCUGCUUUUUAAAGGAAUGUAAAAGGAAAAUAAACAUGGGUUCUGUGACACAGAUCUAAUUGAAGCCUCAAGUAGCCUUUAAGUCAGGAGAAUGCUAGAACACUGCAGAUAGGCAUCAAAGUUGACAUCAAAACUGGCUGUUCACUGUUCUAGAAAACUUGCACAAACAUCUUAAGAAGAGCUAUUUGUAUUGUGUUUACAAUAUGGGUAAAAGAAAUGGUGACAAGAUCACAUCCAUGUCAUCUUUUAACAGAUUCACUGCCUCUUCUGACCCCGCUGAACACCUACAUCAUGAACUAGAGAACAGUUCAUGAGUCUGAGUUAUACAAAAACACAGAAACACCAAUCUAAGGCACAUGUUGAUGGAAUUGGACACAUCCAGGAACCCAGGUCUGUCAGCUCUAAUGCACUGAUCAGUUGGUCAGGCCAGAAGGUCCUUGUAAUGCUUGUGUUACAUCUCUGUUGCUGGGCUGGUGCUAUCCAUUGCCACACAGCCAUGGAUACAGAGAGUGCCUGAAAGCAGAGUGGGCAGGAUGCCUCCCGUUCACCCUCUGGUGCUGCAGAGUUCAGCCAAAAGAAGCCACUACAGCCUGCCCUGAGGCACCAGGCAUCCAUGGUCUCGGAGAAGCUGGCCAACUCAGAGACGCCGAAGCAUUCAGGUACGUAUUGUGCAGGUAAUAUGAAAAAAAGGCAAUAGUCUUUCAUGUGGACUAGCAAAGGCUUCCCAACACAGCUUUC